UCACAGGCCUCGCCACCACCACACACGCUGUGCUCGUCCCAGUCGCCGACGCCGACGCCUCGCCCGCCGCUGUCCAUAGCAUCGGGAAGGCACGUCGCCCAGAACCAUCAGCACACGUCACGCGCCGGGCACGAGUCUCUGAGCGCACAGCAGCCGACCGCAACGCCUGCCUAAAGCGGCCUGCCACAGGCGACCGUCUAUCGCGCGCGGGCUCAAAGGCGACGUCGAGCCCGACAUGUUCAACGCCCCCCGACCCUCGCAGCCGUACGGCGCGUCGACCUCCAAUGGCCUCGGUGUCAACAGCUUCAUGAGCGAGAACCCCCUCGCCAGCUCCAUGUACGACGACGGACUCGAUCCAUGGAGCAAUUCGCCCAGUCCCGCGCCGCCGCCCGUCCCGUCGUACCCGACCACCUCCUCGUCGGGGUUGAGUUCAGUCAUCGGCAAUGCGACUGUUCCGCCGAUCUACAUUCAGGCGUUCGUCACGGUGGACGACACGAACACUGGCGAGACGUCCGUGAGCGCGCUCUCGCGAGUACUGCGUACAUCUGCUCUUCCUGCAUCUACCAUCGACAAGAUCGUAAGCUUGGUCAGUUCGCGACCCCGCGUAUCCCGGCUGGAGUUCUAUGUGGCCCUUGCCCUUGCCGCCCUAGUACAGAGUGGCAAAGAUGUAAGCAUCGAGCGCGUUGCGCAGCUGGCGCAGGAUGAUGAGUUGCCGGUUCCCACUCUCGAUCUGGCUUCGCUACCCUCUUCGAACUCGACAUUCGGCCCUUAUUCUAUGCCUGAUCCUCCGCGUAGUAUAGCGCCGCGCAGUUACUCGGCCGAGGAUCCUUGGAGCGUCCCGAAGUAUCCGUCAUCCGCCAUAACUUCGCCACCUAUAACAAACGGAGCGGGACCUGGGGCAGGUGGCGUGACGAACGGUGCAACCUCAAGUAUAGCUGGGACUGGUUUGCCUAAGGAGUGGUGGCGCAAGCAAGAAACGAUCCAUGUCAACAUCCUCGGACAACAAGGCUUCCUCCUGAACCGAUACCUCGCCUAUGAGGUUACCAGCGAUCGAGGAGCACCUGUGCCUAGGCGCUACUCAGAAUUCGUGUUCCUCUGGGACUGCCUUGUCAAACGUUACCCAUUCCGCUUACUACCGGCGUUGCCUCCGAAACGUGUAGGACCGGAUGAGAAUUUUUUGGAACAGCGGAGAAAGGGACUUGCUCGAUUCCUCAAUUUCAUCGUGAACCAUCCCAUCAUCAAGGACGAUGGCGUGCUAGCGGUGUUCCUCACUGAACCCUCUUUCGAAGCCUGGCGGAAACAUACGUCCAUCUCUUACGAAGAAGAGUCCGCCAGCAAGCGCGUCGACCGCGUCGAGGAGAUGGGCAUCCCAAGCGACCUUAACGAAAAACUCAAUUUCGUGCGCGGCAAGGUCGGCUACCUGAUCGAGCAUUGGCAGCGGAUCUGCAUGCUGGCGGAGCGCAUCAUCCGGCGGCGCGAGGCAGAAGCGGUACGGGUCCCUCAUCUCGUCCGGCGCGCGUACCUCCCGGCUCACUUCGCGUUGCCCCCGUUCUCUUCGCCGUCCACGUCCAUAUCCGCACCUACGCCUUCGUCCGCCGCGUCCUCGCCCACGACCGCAUCCGAUACUGAAUCGCUCGCGUCCUCGAUCUUCGGCGGCUUCACGCGACCACGGCUCAUCGACGCUCAGGCGGACCUAUCGAGGUUGACGAACACGAUGAAGAGUUUGGUGGAGGUGAAUGAGCGUUGUUGGCGGGGCGACGAGUGCGAGUUGUGUGCGGGCGUCCGGCAGGGGCUUGUUGAUACGGCGACGCAUAUGCAAAAGCAUUCGGAUAUGCUUGAGCAUCGGUCACGCACCAUGCAAUAUUCAACGCUCGAAGCGUUGAAGGGCGAACGGGAUUUGUACAUCGCUCUCAGAGACCUGUUCAUACGAUACGACAGGCUCUCAGGGGACCAAGUAGACCGUCUCAAGAAGCGCGUCGACGCCAACUCCUUGAAGCUAGAAGGCAUCAAGCAAGCACACAAGGACGGUUGGGAGCAGGAAGCGGACAAGUACACGGUCCUCAUCGAGAAGGACCAGGCGGCGAUCGCGGCUGCGCUUAAUCGAAGGGUAUUCGUCCGUGCCUGCAUGUGGCACGAACUGCGGGUUGUACUGCACAACCGCGAGAACACGCUGAUCUCGCAAGCUGUCCAGGCGUUCGCGCGGGAAGAGCUCGACUUCUCCGAGUCCGCUGUGGCGAACUGGGCAGCGAUGAUGGACGAGGUGGCCAACAUGCCCUACGAGUGAUUCAUCGAACGAUCACGUUGAGCUCCAGCUUAUUCUCGGAUUGGGGGGGACGGACGGUGCUUUCAUCGACAUGACUUCGUGCUCUAUUAAUAACGCAUUUGAUACCAUACAUUCUGACUGCAUGUAUUUUCGAUGAUUGGCCCUUACUACUCAUUCUAUGACGCUGUCGCAUAUGCAUAGCACUGCAAUGACAUCCUUCACAAUUUACGCCAUAUGGUCAUCU